AUGGCCACGACUGUCAUUGUGGGUAGCGGCAUCAUCGGCCUUUCAACGGCUUACUACCUCUGCCGCCAGCAACCCGCCUCGUCCAUCCACCUCGUAGACCCGUCCCCGCGGCUCUUCGCUUCGGCGUCGGGGUAUGCGGGCGGCUUCGUCGCGCGGGACUGGUUUGACCCUAGACUCGCCGCGCUGGGGGCCUUGAGCUAUGAGGAGCAUGGUAAGUUGGCAAGUGAGCACGAGGGCGCGGAGAGAUGGGGCUACACGAGGUGCGUGACGGUGGGCUACGAGCCGCGGAGCAAGACGAGGGCGAGUGGCCGGGAUGAUGAUGGAGAGGGGCAGGGCGACUGGCUGCGUGAAGGGAUGAGCAGGUCGGGCGUCGCAGGUGGCUCAAAGGGCUGGAGGGGUCAGGCGCCUCCGUGGUUAAGGAUGAGGGAGGGAGAUGCGGUGACUGUUAUGGAUGGCGGCGACGGGACGGCUCUGGUGGAUCCCUUGAAGCUAUGCGGAUUCCUCCUUGAGCACGUCAAAGCAGCCGGCGUUCAUGUCCACCACCCAGCCACAGUCCUCUCCAUCCAUAGAGACGUCCGAGACGAGCUCGCAAGCGUCACAAUCAGGUACACCGACUCCUCCGCCGAGACCGAAACCCCCGCCACGCGUCUCCUGCUCUGCGCCGGCGCCUGGACGCCGCAGAUUAUGUCGUCACUGUUCCCGCUGGCCGGUUCGCCGGUCCGCAUCGACCCACUGGCCGGUCACUCGUUGGUCGUGCGCACGCCCGGGUUUAAGCUCGGCGACGAGUCGCACUCGGUGUUCUGCACGCUCCGCGACGCAGGUCUCGCGCCGGAGCUGUUUGCACGCGCAAACGGCGUCAUCUACCUCUCAGGCGUGAACUCGUCGAACACGCCGCUAUCGGCCCUGGCGACGGACGCGCAGCCAGAUGAGGUGUCGCUGGCGAAGCUGAAAGACAUAGCUAGGCGGCUCAUUGCCCUGCCGCCGGGUGAGAAGCAGGAGCUCGAAGUUGUGCGAGCGGGACUGUGUUUCCGGCCGGUCACGGAGCGGGGAGUGCCGUACGUCACGCGCUUAAAGGACGAGCAGCUGGGCAUCAAGACCCGCGGGGGCGGCGAGGGAGGCGUAUGA